CCUGAAUCCAGCUUUUCACAAACCAUCUGCAUUUUGUUGUAUACAUCCAUCUCUCCUGGAUCAAAAUCCCCAGGUUUUACCGUCAAGAGAGACCUUCUCUGCUCCAUUGUCGCCAGCUGGACAUCUCUAGGUAGCCAGACAUACGACCCUGGGUUUAUUACGCUUCAAGAAAUCCGAGGAGUCGAACCGAAAUCCUGUAGUCCCUUUCGCCCAAAGAAGAUUGAAAUAUCUAAAGCUUUCCGUAAUACCUGGCCAGAAAAAGCUUUCUACUUGAUCGGACGGCGGAGAAUUCGCCGCCUGUGACUGAUCCAACGGCCGAGAAAUGUCGUUCUGGGGAGUGGAGGUGAAGGCGGGAGAGACGGUGGUCGUGGAUCCGACCGAACAUGAUUUUGAUUACAUACACCUGUCCCAGGCAAGUCUGGGGGAGUCAGCCAAGGACCACGAGCGGGUGGUGCUGAGGGUCAGGCAGGUGGAGUUCCCAGAGAGCAGUGAUGAUGAUGACGAUGAGGAUAGCGACGAUAGCGAUGAUAGCGAUGAUGGUGGUGACGGUGGCGAGGGGAAUGGCAAGAAGGCGAAGGAUGGAGACAAGAGCAAGUCGUUUGCGGUGGGGCCGGAGGUCGUGCUGGGCGUGCUGGUGAAGGGGCGGGUGGACUUCGCGGCCAUGGACCACAUCUUCGACCGCCAGUUCAGCCUCUCGCACUCAGGCAGCCACAGCGUGUUCUUCUCAGGGUACAAGACGAGUGACUCGGGCGGUGAUGGGCCCUUCUACGAUGAGGACGAAGACGAUGAGGAAGAGGAGGACAGCGAUGAGGAUGAUGAGGACGAGGAGGAUGAGGGGGAGGAGGCGAUGGAGGCAAGUGACGAUGAAGAGGCAGCUGCAGCAGCCAUGGCAGCCGAGAAAUCAUCCAAGGGAAUGGCAGCAGCUGCGACCGCUGCUGUUGAGAAACGAGCCCGCAUCAAAGCAGGAAGAAAGGGCACGCCAGGGCAGUCCCCAGGACCAUCAAAGAAAGAAACGCCAAGUAAGGAGGGCAAGGAAGCCACUCCCAAAAAGGAGGGCAAAGUCCCCUUGCCAGGGAAUGGGAGAGAAGCAACACCAAAGAAAGAGCCUGUGGCGGGCAGCAAGCGGGCAGCAGUUACCAUCGCCACUCCUCCCUCCUCCAAAGGCAAGGGCGAGAAGACUACAGAGCGGAAGAAACACCGCCCCGACACGCCCGCUGCUGUUAAGACAGCAGCCAAGCUGAAGACUCCAGCAACAGUUGUUGCAACCCCUCCAUCAUCCCAAAAGUCACCCACCCCUGUCCCAAACACCUCACCUGCUACUCCUAAAACAGGCUCCUUCCCAUGCACCACAUGUCCAAAGAGGUUCACGUCGCCCGAGUCACUAGCAAGCCAUGUCAAGGCUAAGCAUCGCACAGGGAAAUAACGUCACAAAUUUAUUGUUUGGAUACGUCAUCUUUUGCAACUCGCUUUGGCGCUCUUGAUUUUACCUAUUUUGACUGUUUGUUUACUUAGGUUGAAGUACAGCGGAAGUACACGAACGAAGCAGGAAAACAAAUUUGGACAGAGGUGUAGGAGGAUGUGGCGCUUUUGGUCACCAGAAUUCAACCCA